CACACUUUACAACUUCAGGCUAGGCUCGACAUCUUACAUACGUCGCUCGCUAUGCGCCUCCCACAAUCGAUGUCCCAAUGUCCGCCAACAAUAUCCCCAAUGGCAACUCCUCGGGGCCAACAACGCAGAAACCCUCUAAUAAGCUGAACCCCAACUCGACAUCUGGUUCAGGUCCCUCCAUUCACGAUGCCUCAACGCUUUCCGACGUCCGCGCCGCAUUGGCUGCCCUACACGUCCGAGAGACCAGCGUAACAAAUCGUCUCAAUGCGCUCCUCUCCUCCCAAGCAGACCUAUCUCGAGAGUUAGGACGGCUCGAUCUACUUCGUGCGAACCUCGGCUCCCAAGUUAUUGCAACAAGAUCUAUCAGCAAUGGCAUGCUGUCCUCAGCUGCCGACACUGCAGGCCGACUUUCUAGCCGGGUCAAGGAUCUCGAUUUGGAAAAGGACAGAGUGCAGCAAACUUUGAGAGUUGUCGAGCAAGUUGCAGAGCUCAAAGCUUGUGUCCAUGGCGUUGUUGGCAGCAUGGGUGCGCCGCAGGAUUGGGAGGCAGCGGCUGGGUAUAUUUCUCGCGCAAGCAAGGUGCCUGAACCAAUCAUACGCGGUGGUUUUGCGGCCUCUAUGGUCCCGAGUGUCGAAGUGCCAGAUGCGCCCUGGGUAACGCUUGAGAAUGCGAAAGAAAGCUUAUGCGGAUUGUUUCUACGGGAAUUCGAAAAGGCUGCUAAAGACGGCGACGGCGCUAAGGUUACAAGAUUUUUCAAACUGUUUCCUUUGAUAGGGAGAGGUGAUGUUGGUUUAGAUGUAUAUGGGCGAUAUGUAUGUCAGGGCGUUGCUGGUACGGCUAGGGCGACUCUCCGGGCAGCACCUGGAGAUGCUGGAAAGAAAGAUGGGUUCUUCUACGCCAACGCGCUCACCAAGCUAUUUGAGCAUAUUGCCCAGAUCGUUGAGAGCCACGGCGGUCUUGUAGAGAGGCAUUAUGGCGAGGGAAAGAUGGUCAAGGUCAUAGAGAGACUCCAGAUGGAGGCUGAUGUACAAGGCGGCAUCAUUUUGGAUUCAUGGAGUGACGAGAGAGGCAUCGACAGGAAACUUACUGAUGCAAAGAGUUACCCGUUCUCUUUCUUAGUACAGAGCUUCCUCCCACCGCAGAGGACACUUACAGGUACACCACGUGUGAAUUCGCCAGCGCUAGGUGGUGGAACCAACGCACGGAAUAGCGAAGACGAAGGUGUUGAUAUGAAAGAAGUGGACAGUCUACUUAGCGAGAUCUCUGUCAUGCUUGGCCGUUGGGCAUUGUACUCGAGAUUCCUUGCUGGGAAAUGCAAGGACCCAGAUACCCCUGAUGAUGCUCCUCUGUCAAUUCCAGAAGUCGUCACAAAAUCCAAUCUUGGUCGGAAGAUUUCAGGGAAGCUAACAUCACCAUACAAUUCUUUGGCCAUGUUCUUUUUCAGAAGAUCCGUCGAAAAAGCGUUCCAACUCGACGAAUCACCCAGCGGCCUGUCACUCAACAUCAACAAGUCUAUUGACGGAAAUGCCCCUUACAUAAUCUCAGCUGUUGAUGAUAUCAUGUAUAUCGUCAGUACCAUAACCCAAAAGGCCAUAUCAACAUCGCAACGCGACGUAGCAGCCUCGGUUAUUCCGGAUGUCGGAAGAGUAUUAGGGUCUGAUUUUAUUGGAAUGGUACAGCGGAGGAUGCGGGAUGAAUCCUAUCCCCAGCCCACAGUCCAAGGAGGUCUUCCACCUGAGAACAAAAUUAUUGCUUUUAUUGUGCUCAUCAAUAGCUUGGAUGUGGCAAAAGAUUACCUAGCUCGCAUCAUCGCAUCACAACUGGGCACUUCUCCCGAUCAACCGGAUGGGACAUCCCACUCUAACCCCUUAGCAACAAAAUUUCCAUUCGAACACGACGUCACAUUUGUAACCUCAACCCUCAACGCAUUAAAUUCCACAUUUGCUAUUAAGACUAGCGAAUUGAUAUCCGAUGCCUUGAAGGUUCUUUUUACCUUUGUUGUCAAGCAAAGGCUAAAGCCUGUUCUCGUGGAAGCCUUCCGCGAUGCGGAUUAUUGGCGCUCCGAAGACGAACUGGCCGAAAUCGCCCGCCAGAAUGAUGAAGACGAAGACGAGAUGAUAGAUCGCGUCCAACGGAGAUUCGAACGUGGAUGGGAUGCUCUAAUGAAACCUAUCGCACGACUAAUGACUCCUAAAACGUUUACUGCGCUUGUGGACCUCACGGCUACAGAUCUGGCUAAGACGCUCGAGAAAAGGGUUUGGAGUUACAGUGGGAAAACGAGCGCGUAUGGUGCAAUACGCAUGGACCGGGAUUUCUCGGGUAUCAUCAGUACCGUCUCUAGAGGGAACUGGUCUGUUAGGGAAAUGUUUGCGAAGGUGACCCAAAUUCUUAUGGUCGCCAACAUGGAGGAAGAGGAAUGGGAAGAAUUAAGCAGUGACGAUGGGGAAGACAGUAUCCAAUGGGUACUCAACGAGGAUGAAAGGCGGAGAGCGAGGAAUUUAGUUAAGGCAUGAUUAAUGAUCAUUAGUUGUACGCUUUAGAUCUAUGGUAUAUAGCAAGCGCAGGAUGUGUCUUGGCUGUACAAAGUUAUGAUAGACAAUUCAAAAUAAGGGGCUGUUUGUGAGUCA